UUUUUUUUUUUUUUUUGUUCACUGCUAUUUUUUGUAAUAUCCUACACACCAUACAUAACAAUGAAGUCAACCAAAAUUGUCUUGUAUAUGUUCACAACUAUGAGCGCAUUACUGCUAAGCCAAUCCAGCAUGACAGAAGCAAAAUCAUUGGAUCUGAGUGACUAUGGACUUUGUGAAGAACCCGGAAAUUCAUCAGACUGUGAAUUUGCUUGUCGAGAACUGGUCCAAGGCCGAGGAAACUGUAUCUUUAAUAAAUGCUAUUGUACCGAAAAAGCAGAAAUCGGAAAAUGUGAAGAUGACGAUCACGAAUCUUGCGAUGCUUUAUGUCAAGAUAUGUCUCCAUCUCUUGUUGGAUUUUGUAUGGAUGAUCAGUGCAACUGUAUCACAUAAAUCACAUUGAUAUAUGCGUAUUUAUUUUAACUAUGAACACAUAUCGCCAAUAUGGCUCCUCGUACACUUUGACCCCCUAUUCUCUGUAUAUUAACCCUAAACAUUUACCUUUAAAAAGAAAGAGCCAGUCUUUCUAUACAUACUUUUAUAAUCAUUUACUUACUAUUUAUUUGCUCUAACAAUAAUUAUAAUAAAGAUACAUAUGCUUUCUAAUGCUCCUUUUU